AUGAACAGAGAGAGCUUCGACAACAUCUAUCUUGACCUUUCGAAAGAGAGCGGAAAGUGCAGAUUCUCCGAAAACGGUCUUGGCUGGAAGCCAUCGGGCGGCGGUAACACAUUCACUCUCGAGCGAAACGACAUCGCGACCGGCCAAUGGAGUCGUGCAGCUAAAGGCUACGAGGUCAAGAUCUUGAAGCGAUCGUCUGAUGUGAUCCAGUUGGACGGUUUCCAAGAGGACGAUCUGCAGAGGCUUACCAAGGUGUUCAAGAACUGGUACAGCAUUAACUUGGAGACGAAGGAACAUGCCUUGAGGGGAUGGAAUUGGGGCAAGACCGAGUUCACCAAGGCUGAACUCGUCUUCAAUGUUCAAAACAAACCCGACUUUGAGAUUCCCUACUCGGAAAUUUCGAACACGAACUUGGCCGGCCGGAAUGAGGUCGCCAUCGAGUUUGCUGCCUCCGACGAGGCUGAUACUGGUACCAACGGUCACCUCGGAGGCGCACGUGGCAAGGGCAAGAAGGCUGGUGCCGGCGGUGAUCAGUUGGUAGAGAUGCGCUUCUAUAUCCCUGGUGUCACGACACGCAAGGAGACCGAGGGCGAAGAUGCUGGAAGCGAUGCCGAGGGUGAAGAGAAGAAUGCCGCAACCCUUUUCUAUGAGACCCUUAUCGAGAAGGCUGAGAUUGGCGAGACUGCCGGCGACGCCAUCGCCACAUUUCUUGAAGUUCUGCAUCUCACUCCCAGAGGUCGUUUCGAUAUCGACAUGUACGAAAGUUCCUUCCGGUUGCGCGGCAAAACCUACGACUACAAGAUCCAGUACGAGCACAUUAAGAAGUUCAUGGUGCUUCCCAAGCCUGAUGACCUUCACUGCAUGCUUUGCAUUGGCCUCGAUCCACCACUGCGUCAAGGUCAAACCCGUUACCCUUUCUUGGUCAUGCAGUGCAAGAAGGAUGAGGAGGUGACCAUUGACUUGAACCUGACCGACGAGCAACUAGAAGCCAGCUACAAAGACAAGCUUCAGUCGCAUUACGAGCAACCUUUGCAUCAAGUAAUCACGUAUUGCUUCAAGGGUCUUGCAAACAAGAAGAUUGUCUCGCCAGCCAAGGACUUCCAGACUCACCGCCAGCAAACGGGUAUCAAGUGUUUCAUCAAGGCGAGCGAAGGUUUCCUAUACUGCCUCGAGAAGGCCUUCAUGUUCGUACCAAAGCCCGCCACCUACAUCAGCUACGAUCAGACCGCCAGCAUCACCUUUAGUAGAGUGGGAGGCGCCGUAUCGACGCUAUCCACCUUUGACAUUAGUGUUCAUAUGAAGAACGGUGCAGGUGCGACGUCCUUCAGUAACAUUAACCGUGAAGACCUGAAGGCGCUCGAGGGAUUCUUUAAGCUGAAGGGUCUGAGAGUCAAGAAUGAGAUCGAUGAGGACGCCAACCUCUUGGCUGCCGCCCUGCGUGAGGAGGCCAUGUCCGAUAGCGAAGAGGAAGUUGUCGGUCCACGUGCCGACAGGGGCUCGGCUGAUGAGGAUGAGGAGAGUGUGGACGAGGACUUCAGGGCAGAUUCUGACUCGGACGUUGCUGAGGAGUACGAUUCGAAUCACGAGUCGUCGGGCUCUGGAAGUGGCGAGAGCGAUGUGGACAAUGAUGAUGAAGAUGAGGAUAUGGCUGAUGCUGAUGAUUAA